GUUCGGCUUUGAUUAAGUUAUUUGGUCAGAGGGUGAGUGGGUGGUCAAGCACUGAAAGGCCGGGUCUCAGCGGCGCCUAAGAUAAGAGCGGGGAACCGGACCACGAUAAGCCCCAACCCUGGGUGCCUCGGUGAGACCAACAGCUCCCCCUCUACCAUCCUACUUCGGGCUUAUUUUCUGCUUUAGAAGACAAUUUAAACCUGGGCUAACAAAGCCGCCAAAAAAGUCGCCGGCCCGCUCGAACCAGAAUAACGCCCAUAGACAUGGCCACCGCUCAAGUGUACCCGGCCUCGGAACCGGCAAGAUGGAUCUACCUCGACAGGAUCCGGACCCGACCCGGACCUUUCACGAACCCCGACAUCUUCAGCGGUGAGCCGGUGGCCGCGGCUAUGGAAGCGAUGAAGAUAUUGGUUAUUGGCGCUGGAGGGCUGGGCUGUGAGCUCUUGAAGAACCUCGCGUUAUCUGGGUUUAAGGAUAUCCACGUCAUCGACAUGGACACGAUCGAUAUCUCGAACUUGAACCGGCAAUUCCUCUUCCGACAGGCAGACGUCGGCAAGUCCAAGGCCGAAGUGGCCGCCCGGUUCGUGGAAAAGCGGGUAAAGGGGGUCAAGAUUACACCACACAACUGCAGGAUCCAGGAUUUCGACGAGGACUUCUACAUGCAGUUCCAGCUUGUCGUCUGCGGACUGGACAGCAUCGAGGCGCGCCGGUGGAUCAAUGCGACGCUGAUCAACAUGGUGGACGAGGAGGUCGAGGACAGCUACAAGCCUCUCAUUGACGGGGGCACAGAGGGAUUCAAGGGCCAAGCCCGCGUCAUCUUCCCAACCGUCACAUCCUGUAUCGAGUGCCAACUCGACAUGCACGCCCCGCGCGCCGCCGUCCCACUCUGCACCCUCGCCAGCAUCCCCCGACAGCCAGAACACUGUGUCGAAUGGGCGCACGUCAUCGCCUGGGACCAGGAGAAGCCCUUCCCCGAGCUCGACAAGGACGACCCGGACCACAUCACCUGGCUAUACCAAAAGGCGCUGCUGCGCGCGCAGGAGUUCAACAUCCCGGGGGUGACGUACUCCCUGACGCAGGGGGUGGUCAAGAACAUCAUCCCGGCGAUCGCGGCGACCAACAGCGUGAUCGCGGCGGCGUGCUGCAACGAGGCGCUCAAGAUCGCGUCCAACUGCGCGCCCUUCCUGGGCCUGCCCGAGGAGAAUUACAUGAUGUACUCGGGCAACGACAGCGUCUACACGUACACGUUCAAGCACGAGAAGAAGGACGACUGCCCCGUGUGCGGGCAGCUGGCGCGCGACCUGGCCGUCGACCCGGCCUGGACCCUGCGCGAGCUGGUCGACUCCUUCGCCGCCCUGCCCGAGGCCCAGCUCAAGAAGCCGAGCCUGCGCGCCGAGGGCAAGACCCUGUACAUGCAGUCGCCGCCGAGCCUGGAGGCGCAGACGCGGCCAAACCUGGACAAGACGCUGGUGGAGCUGGGGCUGGAGGCGGGGCAGGAGAUUGGCGUGACGGAUCCGGCGUUUGCGACGGUGCUUUUCAAGUUUAAGCUCAAGUUCAAGCAACGAGGAGGGGCAUAGUCGAAGAGGGGUCUGAUUUCUAGAAAUGGGCAUAUUUUGCGAGGCGUCAGGGGAAAAGGAUCCAAAUGCAGAUUACAACGGGCGAGAUGACUGGCAGGAUAUCACGGCGCGACGAACGAGCAAAGUCAUUGCUCAAUGGCCUUGAGCCAGGCAUAAACACACAGAACAUACAAACGGCAUCUAGACGAAUGGCGCUGAUAUUAAAUCCAAAUGGAAACUUCUAUUUUCC